AUGCAGCGACAGAAGGAGGAGAGUGGCGAGUCUGUGGCACUGACAAAAGUACAUGCUAUCGGAUUCGGGUUCAUGGCCAGAUCGUUUGUGAGUAUCCAGCAGUCCAUGCCGGACAUGAUGAAGAGCCUGGGAUUGGGACGAGGAAAUAGCUGGCACCAUAAUGGUGUUGCUAGCUUGCUUGUCCUGUCGUGGUUUUGGAAUAGAAACUCUAGCCAUGCAUGGAUCUUCCAGGACAUCCUAGGAGGAUUCACGAUAUCAUUGAUGCUCAAGGUGUUGAAGGCUCCUUCUAUGUCGUCUCCGACACUUCUCCUGCUGACGGCGUUUAUCUACGAUGUGUUCUUUGUCUUUGUGACGCCCUACCUGACAUCAACAGGCGAGUCAAUCAUGGAGGCAGCAGCCACAGGAGCAGCAUUGACGGUCAAGGAGACGAUCCCAAUGCUCUUCCGCGUACCCAGUUUCCGGCCGAAUGGUGGAGAGGCGAUGCUGGGGUUUGGAGAUGUGGUUCUGCCUGGGAUUCUAGUUACAUUCCUGCGGGAAUGUGAUGCCAGGUUAGAAGAAGACCUGUCGUUGUCGUCGGCGAUGCUGAUCGGAAUGGAUUCGGCCGCUGCCAGAAGAACGCGGCAUGAGCUGUCGCUUCUAUGGAAUGGUUGGGGAGGGCUUGAUGGCGAAGAGUCGGAGGAUGGUGAUGACGACGAGGAGCGUGCAAAGGACGAAAGCGAGAAGGGAAAAGUUCUCGUAAUCUGA